AAUAUAGAUGGUUAUGUCUCAUAUCUGUAGAUCCUUAACUUAUAUAUAAAAAUGUAUCACCCCACAGUAGAGUCAUGUAGCCCAUUUUUCUCAACGCGACUGCAUAUGUCCAGCCGACUGCUUCGUUUUAAACUAACAUAUGAACUUAGGAGGAGGGAGGCACACACGGGGAAUGGAAUUUCUUGAAUAGUACGACGAUAAUGUAAUGAAAUUAAGAUUUGGACCUUGGACACUAAUGAUUCAUAUCUAUCCCACUCCUUCCACCAUCUCCAGUGAGUAAAGAAUUAAUUACUUCUACAUGCCCGUGGCUGAAUUAAAAUUAAAUUAAAAUUAAAAUUAAACCUCGAUAUUUUAAUCCUACCCCUUUCAUCUCACCGAUAACAACUUCUGAUCUCUUUGUGUAAUACAAUUUUUCAUUUCUUGCCACGUUUCCAAGAUGUACUGGACCUUGUCAAUUCUUCUACUUUAUUUAUCUGGGUCGGAAGCAUGUCUCGUAAAAUAUCCAGAAGUUAACGCGUGCCCUCAUCAUCACCCUCGUAUCGUGGCUCGUAACCUUCCUUGCGAUUUGGACAUGACAAUAAUUAAUAACAUCCCAAAUCUGUUCAUCGCGUCAGGAUCAGUCAAUAUGGCGUGUGGUGGUGUAUGGGGACAGUCAUUCGUCGACAAUCUGGUCACUGGAAAUUCUAGCACAAUGAAAUUUAGUGGGAGAAGUGAUGGAGAAAGGCCAUCCAGCUUAUACCAGUGGCCGAACCCGUACUGUUGUCCAAAUGAUGGUGGCAAUGAGACGACGGGCACCUUGGGUUUGCAUAUCUACGAAGCGACGAACCUACCCUCGUGGCAGGCGCCAGAAAAGGCUGCGAUUAUGAUCAAAUGGAAUGCAGCAUGUAACAGUAACUGUCAUGACUGGAUUGAAUUACGAUUAGCGAAGUCAAGGAAGUCCUUCUCAGGGGAAUACUUUAACGAGGAUCCGACUACCACAGUCUUAAAUGCAAACCAGCGUGGACCAAGGAAGGAGAAAGAUGUGGAUUUUGUGAUGGUAAAGAAGCGUGAUGCAGUCGCAACGGUUAAAAACUCAGACUUUGUCGUAACUGCAAAGUUGGAGGUUGAUAGAGGAGUUGGAAAUCGUGUCAUGAAGGUCACCAUUUAUCCCAGCGAUAUGAUACAGGUGGUAAUUAUUCAAGCUGGAAAUUGAUUUUGUGAAAUUAAAUUGGGAUGAGAUUCGUGAUAAGUUGCAGAAAUAAAUUUACACGACUACUGAACCAAUGUCCACUUUAAAAAUCUCAUUUUUUGGAAUUUUUUACAACUAUUUAAAAAAUUUGGAAGCAGCCCCGUACUUUAAUAUGUAUAGGAUUAAAUGAUAUAAAAAUUGUGACAGGUUAUAAUAAAAUAGCGAU